AUGUCGCUUGCAUCGGCCGGUCCCCGUAGGUACAUGAGCAAAGCCCAACGAGCAUGCGACUUUUGCCGGUCUCGAAAGUCCGCCUGUCAAAUCGAUACCGUUCCCCCAUGUCGUCUGUGCAGAGCUCACAGACAACCUUGUGAGUUUACGGACCGUAUAGUCCGGAGGAGAAGACCGAUUGCUGAAAGAAGAUUAUCGACAUCUCCAAUUUCGAGCAAUGAGAUGGCUACUCAAGAGCAAUUGCACGAAGACGUUGUGCAACCACAGCAUCUGGACUUUUUACCGGUGACCGGAAGCCCUUUUGCGCUUGAGUCAUCAACCCUCGGGGACCAACUGAUGGGUUUCGAUUUGGAAAAGGAGCUCGAUGAUGGUCUACAUGGCUCUUCGGUCCCCGCUGGGGGAGAUCAAUCCAUAAUGGAUGAUCUGAUGCUGAGUAUUUAUGACGACCAGGGGUUAUCACGCUUUGAUACGAUUCCUAGAUCGGCUCAAAUACCACUUGAUAGUAAUCUGUCAGUGGCGUCUCAACUUUGCGGUCUGACGGGAGAUAUGGAUCCUUAUCUAUUACGGCAUUACCAGUUCGACGAGAAGUCGGAGUUUGCUUUCUCGAAGCUUACUGUACGCGCUGUGCAGGAUACUGGAGUGCCGGUUCAAUUUCUAUUGUCAAAACCAAAUCCAAGUAUAGAUUCAAGAGACCAGGUUCUAUCCCAUAUUCAGGAUGGGCAAUUACCGGCCUUAUCGCAGAUUGUUCCCGCGGAAAUCGGGGAGCGGUUAAUUAAGCUAUUCAUUCGAUUUAUAAAUCCACAAUUCCCCAUAUUAUCCGAGGAAAACCUUCCCAAUCCGUCAAAUGCCCCGUGUAAUUUAUUGGCGGCGAUCUACUCAAUCACCCAGCCAUUUACGGCUUUUGACGACUACUUAUGUAUUGAGCUUGUUUAUAGCCCUCCAUCGCCAGAAGUUCUAUUCAAGAUUGCGUGGAACGCGCUCAAUAAUGCACUCUCGGAACCUACGAUAUCCUCCUUACAAGCUGCUCUUAUUUUGCUUUUACAGCCACCUGAAAACCCCCUUGUACUUGACAGUGCCGGGAAAUGGGCUCUACUGGGUAUGACCGUAUCGAUGGCUCAGACACUAGGCUUGCAUCUUGACCCAUGUCAUUGGAAUAUACCAACGGAGGAAGUCCGCACCCGACAGCGAUUGUCAUGGAUUACCUACACCGUCGACAAAUGGCUCGCUUCCAGCUUUGGUCGACCCAGUCAUAUCUCAAAGAAUGACUGGAUGAUCAUUGAGCUUCCCUCAACGAGUAUAGGCACUAAAACAACUGAUAAUAGCGAAGAAUCAUACACCUAUCAAUUCUUAAAGCUCACCACCAUAUUAGACAAGAUAUUAACUGAUCUUUACUCUUUACGCUCAAUAUCCACUCUAUCCAAAGAUUUCCGUUUAACUAUAUCCAUCGCUCGUCCAAUCAUGCAAGAACUCACAAUGUGGCACGCCAACCUCCCACCCUCCAUGAUGAUCGACUCCACAAACGAGUAUAGAACCACCGUCUCCGACAACUCAGCAUCCCUACAAAUCGCCUACCAGUCCCUCAAAAUCCUCGUUCUUCGCGCAUUGCUACGUCCAUUCAACAACGCAUCCCCGAGCCCAGAGGAUACAGAGGAAUGGCACGCCGCGAAAUCGCAGAUCCUCAAGACGGCGUCCGUCGAGGCCGACGCAGCCCUAAGCCUUGUUUCGUCUUUCAGGCCAGUGCAUUACCAAGCUUUUUGGGCUUCUUGGUCUAAAACCUCGUUCGCGCUAAUCACAAACCUUCUGUUUCUUCUCGCGGUCACGGUGCAUCAGGAGGGGGUGGGAAGUGGAGAAGAGUAUAAGAAGCGACGGGAAGCUCUUGAUCAGGCCCGCUCGAUCUUUCGAUUACAUGCGAAGAGUCUGGAUAUGAUUCGCUUUGCGCUUCUUCGGAUCGAUGCGGUGUUUUGGAUUGGAUGGGAAAAGGUCUUGGGGUUCCCAUGA